CGCGACUUGACUUUCCUCAACCAACACUCCUUCCUAUCUUCUCGACUCUGACACUGGCCGGGAAAAUGGACGAGACGAGCGACUUUCUGCUGAAAUGGGUCAUUCUCGAUAAGAAGCCCAUCAGCGCCCGUCUUUACGCCCGUCUCCGUCGAGUCCAUGUCAGCCAAGCGCGAGAUGAGAUGCAAGCUUUCUACGAGACGAAGAAUGGCAAGGAAGCGUUCGCGACUUACUUUGUCACGGGACGAUCCAAAGAGGCAGCUACAGAUGACACGCAGGUGACGCAGGGGUCGAUGGAAGUCGACGAAGAAGCCGAUGGCGGCUCCCAGGCAGGUCCUUCGGGCGCGAGGGAAGGCGACGUAGUGUCUGUGCCUGAAAGGAGCGAAAUGCUGCUGGUCGGGCAAGACAAGCUGAAAGAGGUCGAAGAGCGAUUGGACCAAGUCUUUACGAGGCAGCUGUACGCUUUGAGCCCACCUUUGCCUGACCCACCGACAGAGGCGUCCAAGGUAGCGACCAUGUCUUCGCUGAGCACCAUUGCGCAGGAUCUGCGCAGUCACCAAGAGCUCGUUCAGGCUUGGGAAGAGACAGGCAGGGGCGUCCAGCUGGGUGUCAUUGCCAAUGACGAAAUCAAGGAUGCAGGGCCUUCGAAGACGUUCGUGCCCAAUGGAAAGGCUGCAGGCUCUGGCGGUCAAAAGGUUGCGCCAGCACCAGCAAAAGCGACGGCAACGGUCAAAAGCGAGCCCAUCUCCAAAUCUAGCCCUGCUGCUGCCGCGGCAUCCGUCCCCAGCAAGUCUGCAGCCGACAAGAAGAAAAGCUCUGGUCUGGAUUGGAGCAAGGCAAAGAAGGAGGCCCCCACCGCCGUCGAAAAGAAGGCGGCAUCAAAGCGAAAGACCGCUGAAUCGGACGAGGAUGACGACGAGGACGAGCCCGAUGCGGGACCAAUCGGCUACAAGGACGAGGAUGAAGAGAUGGGUGAAGCCAAAGCGGCGGGUGAUGUUGCGCCCGAGCAAGGAGGGGCCACGAGGAAGAGAGCGGAUGCAGGAGACAAAGCUGACGAAGAACGCAAGAGAAGAGAGGCAAAGAAGAAGGAGCUGAUGGACAUGAUGGACGAUGAUGAUGAGCCCGGGGCCAAAGAUCCACCUGUUGAGACCUCCAAGACGCCUUCCACGAGCAUGAUGAAGGGGACCGAGACAAAGACGGACAAGGUCAAGACCUCUGCGAAUCGAAAUUCCAAGGCGGAAGAAGGCCCGGAGAAGCCCGUCAAAAGACGAGUCCGGAAGCAGAGGGAAAUCGUCGUUGGCAAAGAAAAGGUCAAAAACGAGAAGGGCUAUUGGGUCAGCAAGGAGAUCAAGGGUUACGAGUCGUAUUCCUCCGACGAGAGCGACUCGCCGCCGACCAAGACCAAGAGUGCCGCUUCCAGUAAGCGUUCUGAAGAGCAGAAGGUUUCCGCAAAGUCAUCAAGCAAUGACAAGGAAUCGCCGGCAGCGGCAGCGGCACCAGCAAGUGAGGCCAAGUCAGCUACCUCAUCAGCAGCACCUUCGCCUGCUCCUUCGGCGCCGACAAAAUCGGGGACGGCAAGCAAGAAGGCUGGAGGGCAAAGCAAGCUUUCGUCAUUCUUUGGAAAGCCAAAGGGCUGAAGAAGAGCCAUUAUUUCCUCUGUCAACAAAUAGUAAAUUAAUC